AUGACAAGUCUGAUGCCUGGUGCAGGAUUGCUUCCCAUACCAACUCCAAAUCCCUUGACUACACUUGGUGUUUCACUUAGCAGUUUGGGAGCUAUACCAGCAGCAGCACUAGACCCCAACAUUGCAACACUUGGAGAGAUACCACAGCCACCACUUAUGGGAAAUGUGGAUCCUUCUAAAAUUGAUGAAAUUAGGAGAACAGUCUAUGUUGGAAAUUUGAAUUCUCAGACAACAACAGCUGAUCAACUACUUGAAUUUUUUAAACAAGUUGGAGAAGUGAAGUUUGUACGGAUGGCAGGUGAUGAGACUCAGCCAACUCGGUUUGCUUUUGUGGAAUUUGCAGACCAAAAUUCUGUACCAAGGGCCCUUGCUUUUAAUGGAGUUAUGUUUGGAGACAGGCCACUGAAAAUAAAUCACUCCAACAAUGCAAUAGUAAAACCCCCUGAGAUGACACCUCAGGCUGCAGCUAAGGAGUUAGAAGAAGUUAUGAAACGAGUACGAGAGGCUCAGUCGUUUAUCUCAGCAGCUAUUGAACCAGAGUCUGGAAAGAGCAAUGAAAGAAAAGGCGGUCGAUCUCGUUCCCACACUCGUUCAAAAUCCAGGUCUAGUUCAAAAUCCCAUUCUAGAAGGAAAAGAUCACAGUCAAAGCACAGGAGUAGAUCCCAUAAUAGAUCACGUUCAAGACAGAAAGAUAGGCGUAGAUCUAAGAGCCCACAUAAAAAACGCUCUAAAUCAAGAGAGAGACGAAAGUCAAGGAGUCGUUCACAUUCACGGGACAAGAGAAAAGACACUCGAGAAAAGAUCAAGGAAAAGGAAAGAGUGAAAGAAAAAGAUAGAGAAAAGGAGAGGGAAAAAGAGAGAGAGAGGGAAAAGGAACGUGACAAAGACAAGGAACGGGUUAAAAACAAAGACCGUGAUAAAGAAAGAGAAAAGGAUCAGGAAAAAGACAAGAAAGAGGACAGAGAGAGAGAGCGGGAAAAAGAGCAUGACAAGGAACGAGACAAAGAGAAGGAAAGAGAACAGGACAAAGAAAAGGACCGAGAAAAGGACAAAUCCAAAGAGAUAGAUGAGAAAAGAAAGAAGGAUAAAAAAUCCAGAACACCACCCAGAAGUUAUAAUGCAUCAAGAAGAUCUCGUAGUUCCAGCAGGGAAAGGCGGAGGAGGAGGAGCAGGAGUUCUUCCAGAUCACCAAGAACAUCAAAGACCAUAAAAAGAAAAUCUUCUAGGUCUCCAUCCCCUAGGAGGUAGGACCAAAAACAGAAACAAUGUAAAAUCAGAGACAACAUCAGUGAAAGAAGAGAGAGAGAGCGUUCAACAUCUGUGAGGAAGAGUUCUAAUGACAGAGACGGAAAGGAGAAGUUCGAGAAGAACAGUACGUCACUUAAAGAGAAAGAGCACAAUAAAGAACCAGAUUCAAAUUUAGACAAAGAAGCAGAAGACAAAGAUGCACCAAGGACUGAGGAAAACAAAGUACAGCAGAAUGGGAAUUGUCAGCCAAAUGAAGAAAACCUCUCUGCUAAAACAGAAGCAGUAUAG